AAGUCCUGCUUUUUCGUUGUAGCAGCUAAUUUGACACCAGUAACAAACAGCUGGUUAGCAUUUAGGCUAUGAGGCUAGCAGGCCCGCUGUGCCUCUGCUGUGUACAACGAUGGCAACGGAACCAAAACAUUAGCUCUGAUGAUAAAGUUAAACAAUGCUGUGUCAUUAAUUAAUCCGAUAACGAUUCAGUCUAAAGGCAGCGCUGAUAACCAGCCAGGUGGCUAACGGCUAGUUAUCCCUGUUAGCCGCGCUAAUAUCAACAACAACAGCAGCAGCCGCAGCCGCAGCCGCUGUCAACACGGAAUUCUUGCGUUUCCUCACUAGCAGCCCGCACGAUUUCACCCGUAAAACGGCACUUUAGAAGAAAUUCUAAUGGAGACAAACGCACCGAAAAGACGGGACAAUAAGAAAUCAUUGCGUGUGAAGGUAAUAAGCCUCGGAAAUGCCGAGGUCGGAAAGAGCUGCAUCAUCAAACGUUACUGUGAGAAGAGGUUCGUUCCCAAGUACUUGGCCACUAUUGGUAUUGACUAUGGAGUCACCAAAGUGCAGGUUCGUGACAGAGAAAUCAAAGUGAACAUCUUUGACAUGGCCGGACAUCCUUUCUUCUAUGAAGUGCGUAACGAGUUUUAUAAGGACAGUCAGGGGGUGCUGCUGGUCUAUGACGUCGGCCUCAGGGAGAGUUUCGACGCUCUCGACAGCUGGCUGGGGGAGAUGAAGCAGGAAAUGGGCUCCCAGGCCAACAUGGACAGCAUCGUGUUUGUGGUCUGCGCCAACAAGGUGGACCUGACGAAGCGGCGGGUGGUGGACGAGGGGGAGGGCCGUCUGUGGGCGGAGUCCAGAGGGUUUCAUUACUUUGAGACGUCGGCACAAAGCGGAGAGGGCAUCAAUGAGAUGUUCCAGGCGUUCUUCUCCUCCAUUACUGACAUGUGUGAAAAUGGCGGGAAGCGCCCGGUGUCGGAGGUCAGCGUCGGCUUCACCAAAGAGCAGGCCGACACCAUCCGACGCAUCCGAAACAGCAAAGACUCGUGGGAUAUGUUGGGUGUCAAACCCGGGGCCACGCGGGAGGAGGUGAACAAGGCGUACCGGAAGCUGGCGGUCCUGCUGCACCCGGAUAAGUGCGUCGCCCCCGGCAGCGAAGACGCCUUCAAGGCCGUGGUGAACGCCCGCACCUCGCUGCUGAAGAACAUUAAAUAACACAAGAAACACUCGCGCCUCAGACCAUCCCACGGGACUGGACCUGUUGUCGCUCAGACCCGGACUGAAGAAUCACACACAGACGUAGGAACGGUGUUUAUUUAUCGGUGUAUCUACUCAGCGUAAAGUUCUCGUUUGCCGUGUUGCUCGCCACAGUGCUGUAUGCCAACCGAACGUCUGGUGCACCACCAGUCUAACUUAUUUACUACUUUUUAUCUCUAAACUGAGGUGUGUGUGUGUGUGUGUGUGUGACUGAGAGUGUGUGUGAUUGAGAGUGAGUGCGUGUAUGGAAGAUGAUUAGGGCCACAUGGGAAAAUAAACUCUGAGUCAAUAUUAGAAAUGAACGGCCUGAGAAUAAAAGUCUUUUAAAUUUGUAAUGGUUUAAAAAAAAUUAAAUUCUUUUGAAAAUGUCAAA